CCAGCUUCUUGGAGCAAACAACCACCCAACCUCACCACCAUAUACCAUGGCGCUUCCAGAUCCACCUUCUGUAUCCUCUCAUCCGCCAGACUUAUCCGCAAAGCUUCCGCGUCUUGUACCUCGCUCGAAGCCAAAGUCACAGCCUGAACAGACAAGCCCGCCUCCAACAGCCCCGCCGCUCCCUCCACCACCUUCGCUCGAGAACUGGCAGUACAUCCGCCCUAGCAGGCGCAUACUGUCUCCUCAAGAUCAUGAAAUCUUCCUAGCCUCGCCGACAUACACACUACUCCUCUCCUUCGUAUUCUCCCUCGCCGACUGCGUGCGCGACACACCCGUCUCCGCCGUCGACCAAACGAAUCUCCCCUCCUCUAUCACCAGCAUCCUCCACAUUCUCGACCUUGCCGAAGGCGUACUACAAAAAUGCCCACCAGAAGAUGCAGGUGGCUCGCGCUUCGGCAACCCAGCCUUCCGCGUCUUCCUGGAUGAAAUCGAGGCCGCACAACCGCUCUGGCACGAGAGUUUAGGCCUCAGUGACGAAGCAGCUAUCAAUGAGGUUUCCGUCUACCUCUCCAACAGCUUCGGCAACCGCACCCGUAUCGACUAUGGUUCUGGACACGAGCUCAAUUUCUUCCUCUGGCUGCUAUGCCUGAAUCGCCUUGGCCAUUUGCCUCCCGCCACCUUCCCCGCCGUCGUCCUCGUCGUCUUCCCACGCUACCUCCGGCUUAUGCGCGCGGUGCAGUCUACAUACUACCUUGAACCCGCUGGCUCGCAUGGCGUCUGGGGCCUCGACGACUAUCAGUUCCUGCCGUUCCUCUUCGGUUCCUCGCAGCUACUCCACCAUCCCUACAUCCGACCCAAAUCGAUUCACCAAGCUAUAAUACUCGAGGAGCAUAGCAAGGACUACAUAUACUUAGACCAAGUUGCGUUUGUCAACAGCGUCAAGACGGUUGAGGGGCUGAGAUGGCAUUCGCCCAUGUUGGAUGACAUCUCGGCAGCGAAGAACUGGGGGAAAGUGGAGGGAGGCAUGCGGAAGAUGCUGAUCGCAGAGGUGUUGAAGAAGUUGCCUGUCAUGCAGCAUUUCCUCUUUGGCUCGCUGGUGCCAGCAGUGGAGGGCAUGAGCACCGAAGAAGAUUAUGGUGUGGCAUCUGAAGAGGACGAAGCUGAAGGCGGGGAGGUGGUGGUGGUGAAGGAUGGGAUGCGCCAUGUGCACAGUCCAAGCUCUUGGGGAGACUGCUGUGGGAUCAAGGUCCCAAGCAGUGUGGGAUCUGCUCAGGAGAUGAGGAAGAGGUUAGGCGUUGGUGGAUUGCGGAGGGUGCCCUUCGAUUAGGUAUGAUACUUGAGAAUGAAUCAUAAACUGAUAUGUUCAAAUACUUCGCCA